UUGAUGCUUAAAUUACGUACUUUUUUUCCAUAUUAUUUUGUAGAAGCUACUGUAUGUAUAAUGUAGUUACUGGAAACACAUUCUUCUAACUAUGAACUUUUAAGUCCCUUUUUUUAGUGUUUGCUGUUGUUUCAGAUCUAUAACGUUUUGUUUCAAUUUGAUCGAUUACUGUCAUUAUGUCACCGCUUCCCGACUGCUGAAUUAGUGGCUACGAAAGUGACGAAUUUUGUUACUUUGUAAUUUAUUUUUAAGCAAAUAUUAUUAGCUCCUAGUCCCUAGUGUUCUGAUCAUCAGUUUUGACCGAUACAAAGAGGAUGUUUUCAAAACGUAUGGGACAAUUUGACCGUAGCUCCUCACGGAGACCGCCGGGAAAAAUUACGCCUGGAAGGUUCGCAAAGCCUGGUUUUGGGAAACGUCACCGGCGCAAAGAUGGUGUAACUAAUCAGCGGGAUCGAAAUCGGGCAGCCCAUUGGGAUGGCGGGAAGGAUUACGCGCAGAAGGAUUACGACAACGCUUAUACUUCGGAGGCAUUGCCUUCGCCUAUCAAAACAGAAAAAAGCUCUGCGGGAUUCAACAAUGAUUCGUUCCAAACGAAACAGUUCGAAAGGAAGCCUUCCAAAAUGGGGCGAAUAAUUGUACGGAAUUUGCACUUUUCGGCUACGGAGGACGAUUUGCGUAAUCUGAUGGGGAAGUGUGGCAAGAUUACGGAAGUGAAGAUCCCCACAAAAGAUGACGGAAAAGCACGAGGAUUUGCGUUUGUCCAGUUUCAGUCCAUAAAUUCUGCUGAAACUGCCAUUCGGAUGUUUAACUCAUUCAAAUUAAAAGAUCGGCCUAUUGCCGUGGACUGGGCCGUAGCAAAGUCCUGGUUCGAUAAAGCAAAAAGUGAGCAACAAGCUAAUGAGUUCGUACAGAUGUCAGUUGUCGAAGAAGAUGGAAAUGGUGAAAUGACUGAUGAGAAGAGUGAUCUGAUUGACGAAAAAGAGUCUGAUCAAUCGGAACACAGCGAUGCGGAAACGAGUGGUUCAGAGAAGAGCUCAUCCGACGAUGAAUCUAGCGACAAAAACAUACAUGACAAGAAGAAAAAGAAACCCCGAAAACCGAAGAAGCCAAGCGACGUCGACGAAGGCCGGACUGUUUUUGUUCGAAAUCUUCCGUUUGAUCUUACGGACAAUGGCUUACGAGAUGUGUUUAAGCAUUUUGGUCGAGUGCAGUUAGCCUUGCACUGCGUUCAUAAAGAUUCUGGAUAUCCCAGAGGAAGUGGAUUUGUGCAGUUUUAUAAGAAAGAGCAUGCUGAUUUAUGUUUAUCGGAAGCAAAUGCCGGAGACGGUGUCUUGGCGGGCGACAGGAAACUGGAAAUUUGCUUGGCUGAAACGCCAAAAGCAAGACGCAAAGCGGAGAGACUGCGCAGCGAAAAACCCAAAAAAGAUAAUCGAAAUCUUUAUUUGUUAAAACUCGGAAAGUUGGACGAUGAAAGCGAAGAAUCGCAACCGAUGUCGCAGAACGAUGCCAGGAAACGAUCAGCGCUGGACAAUAAGAAGCAGGAUACUCUAAAAAAUUUAAAUAUGUUUGUCUCUCCAACGCGACUUUCCGUACACAACAUACCCAAAAACGUGAGCGACAAGCAGCUAAAACGCCUCUUCACAAAAGCCGCCAAUCUUCCUUUCCGAUCGAUUAAAAAAUGCCGUAUAAUGCGUGACAUGCAGAAUCUCGACGGAGAAGGGAAUGGAAAAUCACGAGGAUUUGGCUUUGUGGAAUUCGGAGCGCCUGAAGAUGCGUUGAAAGCUCUGCAGGCUGUCAAUAAUAAUCCCGAUAUAUUUUCAAAUGAAAAGAGACCCAUCGUGGAAUUUUCCAUUGAAAAUAAAGCUGCUCUGCUCAAGCAAGAAAAGCGCUUGGAACGUAGUAAGGCAAAAUUGCAGUUACUGCAAAAUAGUGAACAGGAUUCAGCUCGAAAUCCUUCGCAAAAAAGCCGUGAUUCAGUUAAAAAGCCCAAGUCUCUCAGUCAGCGAUUAUCUCAAGGAGCGAGGCAUGAUAUGACUCGAAAUAUUCUGGUUUCACAUCAGGAGAAAACACAGAAAAAACUGGUAUUAGUAAAACCGGCAGUGCCGAAGCCAGAAAAGUUAGCCAAUGAGAGGGUUCCAAAUGAGCCAAAGAAGGUGAAACGAAAACGAAAAGCCAUGGACUCGGAAGACAACACCGAUGAUUUUAGCAGGAUAGUGGAAAGAUACAAAAAUAAAUUGAUGGAAUCAGCAGAGAGGGGAGGAAAGAAACGCGCUCGUUGGUUUAAUGAAUAGUACGACCGAAAUAAGACAACAAGCGGCGCGCUUUUGGUUUUUUGGAUAGUUGUUUUGGCUGUUGUCGCAUCGUUGUUGGAUAAACCUGUGAAUUAAUAGUUCUUACCGUAAGCCUCGGACUGAAGAGUUAUCGUGCAUUUUGGGAUACUACAGUUUGCUAAACAAUUCGUGUAUUUUACUGUGGGUCUGUGAUAAAUCUGCAAAAGGCGAA